AUGAUUGCGACGCAAGCGAAGCUGGUCUACCAGCUCAACAAAUAUUAUAACGAGAGAUGUCAGACGCGAAAAGCUGCCAUCGCCAAGACUAUCCGGGAGGUGUGUAAGGUGGUGUCUGACGUCCUAAAGGAGGUCGAGGUUCAGGAACCCCGCUUCAUCAGCUCCCUCAGCGAGAUAGAGGCGCGGUAUGAGGGUAUGGAAGUCAUUUCUCCCAAUGAAUUUGAAGUGGUACUCUACCUGAACCAGAUGGGGGUUUUCAACUUCGUGGAUGACGGCUCUUUGCCAGGCUGCGCGGUGCUGAAACUCAGCGACGGCCGAAAGAGGAGCAUGUCACUGUGGGUAGAGUUCAUCACUGCUUCGGGCUACCUCUCCGCACGGAAGAUACGCUCCCGAUUUCAGACACUGGUAGCCCAAGCAGUGGAUAAAUGCAGCUACCGUGAUGUGGUCAAGAUGGUAGCAGAUACCAGUGAGGUGAAACUGAGAAUCCGGGAGAGAUAUGUGGUCCAGAUUACCCCAGCAUUCAAGUGCACGGGUAUUUGGCCUAGAAGCGCUGCACAAUGGCCUAUGCCUCAUAUUCCAUGGCCGGGUCCAAACCGGGUCGCAGAAGUUAAAGCUGAAGGUUUCAACCUCCUCUCUAAAGAGUGCUACUCGUUAACCGGUAAGCAGAGCUCGGCAGAGAGUGACGCCUGGGUGUUGCAGUUUGCCGAGGCCGAGAAUCGUCUCCUGAUGUCGGGCUGCAGAAAGAAAUGCCUCUCCAUCCUUAAGACUCUGCGCGACCGUCACCUCGAGCUGCCGGGACAGCCGCUCAACAACUACCACAUGAAAACGUUGCUACUUUACGAAUGUGAAAAACAUCCGCGGGAGACCGAUUGGGACGAGUCCUGCCUCGGGGACAGGCUAAACGGUAUUCUUCUGCAGCUCAUCUCUUGUUUGCAGUGUCGCCGAUGCCCCCAUUACUUCUUACCAAAUUUGGACCUGUUUCAGGGAAAGCCUCACUCGGCCUUGGAAGCCGCGGCGAAACAGACUUGGCGACUGGCGAGAGAAAUUCUAACGAAUGCGAAAAGUUUGGACAAGCUGUAA